AUACGGUCACACCGAAAUCGAGCAAAAAGGUAAAUAAGCUAGCUGCGGGCACGCCAGGAUCAGGAUCAGGAGCAAGGAUCAAGGACCAGGAACACCAAGCGCCCCGCCCCCAUGGAAGCCGCCGAGGAGCGCGACCAGGUGGCGCCGGCACGCGCAGCUAACGGCACCGCCGAGCAGGAGGAUCCGGGGGAGGAUCUGCAACAGGAGCGACAGGAACGGGAACCGCCGCCGGGACUCUGGGAGGGCGUCUCCAGCACCCUGGGCAGCCGCAAGCGGCAGCUGAGCCGCUUCCACCCCUACCACGGCUCCAACAUCCAGCUGGGCGACGACGCCACCGUCGCCUACCGGAGGGCCAGCUUCGCCGACGCCCUCACCUUCUCGGAGCGGCCCCUGGCCCCCGGCGACAUAUUCCUCGUGGAGAUCGAGAAGAUCGAGCGCGGCUGGUCGGGACACAUGCGACUGGGCCUCACGGAGCUGGCGCCCCAUGUGAUUCGCCGGAGCAGCGAGGGCCUGCCCCACUUUGCGCUGCCCGACCUGGCCAACCUGGGCAACAGCUGGAUCUACCCGAUCUCCAAGUUCGAGAUGAACCAGCGCCAGGAGGCGAACGACAUCAUCGAGCCGGAGACGGACGACGAGCCGCACAGAAACCUCCUGGGCGACGCCACGCACGUGAGGACGCCGCGCGGCCUGCUACCAAAGAGACUGCUGCGCCCCGCCAUGGGCAACGGCAACGACUCGGACAUCCUGCUCACGGACAGGGGCUCCCGCAUCGGCAUCAUCUACGUGCCCACCGUGCACAGCGCCUCCAAGGGCGAGCUGCACUUCAUCAUCAACGGGGUGGACCGUGGCCCCGUCUCGCGCGACAUUCCGCUCAACCGAGCGCCCUUGUUUGUGGUGAUCGACGUGUACGGCACCACCAAGCAGAUAAGGAUCAUACAGCUGGAGGGCAUCCUGUCCCUGCAGAGCGCCUGCCGCAACGUCAUCCUGGAGAACUUUGCGGAGCACGCGAUCGCCGACCUGCCGCUGCCGGAGAGCAUCAAGCGAUUCCUGCUGCGCCGCGACUAGAGACUAGAGCCUCCGGACGG